GGUUCGAGGCAGCAGGUCCCCUCUAACUGUGUGAUCAAGAGGGAGCAGGAGAAAUGCCUGGAGAUGAUGGCCUCCGAUGAGUCUGAGGCUGAAUUCGACUGUCCGUGGUUUUGGGACAACCUGACGUGCUGGCAGCCUGCCAAGCUGGGUGAAGUGAUCGAGGUCAACUGCCCUGAACUCUUCUCUCAGUUCAUCAGUGAGGAAGACUACGAGGUGGGGAAGGUGAGUAAAAACUGCACCGAGUUCGGCUGGUCGGAGACCUUUCCUCACUACGUGGACGCCUGCCUGUACGAGGAGGGAAACAGCGUGUUUUCGUCUCAGGAGAUGUAUUACGUGUCGGUGAAGGCGCUGUACACGGUGGGCUACAGCACCUCCCUGGUGUCCCUCACCACAGCCAUGGUCAUCCUGUGCAGGUUCAGGAAGCUCCACUGCACCCGGAACUUCAUCCACAUGAACCUCUUUGUGUCGUUCAUCUUGAGGGCCAUCUCUGUCUUCAUCAAAGACGGUGUGCUGUACGCCGAAGAGGACAGCGACCACUGCUUCAUACACACGCUGGAGUGUCGAGCGGUGAUGAUAUUCUUCCACUACUGCGUCCUCUCCAACUACUUCUGGCUCUUCAUCGAGGGCCUGUACCUCUUCACUCUGCUGGUGGAGACCUUCUUCCCCGAGAAGAGAUACUUCUACUGGUACAUCAUCAUCGGCUGGGGAACGCCGACGGUGUGUGUGACCAUCUGGGCGGUGCUGAGGCUGCAGUUCGAUGAUCUUGGGUGUUGGGACAUGAACGACAACGCUGCCAUCUGGUGGGUCAUAAAGGGACCGGUUCUGGCCUCCAUCAUGAUCAACUUUGUGCUCUUCAUCGGAAUCAUCGUCAUCCUGGUCCAGAAGCUCCAGUCCCCAGAUAUCGGUGGUAACGAAUCAAGCAUUUACCUGAGGUUGGCCCGCUCCACGCUGCUGCUGAUCCCGCUCUUUGGGAUCCACUACACCGUGUUCGCCUUUUCUCCAGAGAACGUCAGCAAGAGGGAGCGUCUGGUGUUCGAGCUCGGCCUCGGAUCCUUCCAGGGCUUCGUGGUGGCCGUCCUCUACUGCUUCCUGAACGGAGAGGUGCAAUCGGAGAUCAAGAGGAAAUGGCGCAGCUGGACGGUGAACAGGUACUUUGCUGUGGACCUGAAGAACCGGCAUCCUUCGCUGGCGAGCAGUGGGGUGAACGGGGGGACGCAGCUGUCCAUCCUCAGCAAGAGCAGCUCCCAGAUCCGAAUGUCCAGCCUGCAGGCCGAGAGCCCGGCCACCUGAGCGACCCCGCCCCGCCCAUCCCGAUGACCUGCCUCAACAACUCGUUCCUCGACCCGUGCCCCGAUGAAACCGU